CUUUCGCUUGGAGCGGACUACUUUCGAGUCGGCGCUAACGUCGUUCUCUGCUUGCUGCCUGCUGCUACCUGAUAUUGUCGAUUCGAUCCUCAAAGAGCAAAGAAACGUCUUUGCAUUUCAAAAACACACAAAAGAAAACAAAAACAAACCCGAAAAUGAAGGCUUUCAUUACUUUUGCCGCCGCAAUUGUUUUGACUCUCUCCACGGCUACUUUGGCAGAGGAUGCGGCUCAAGCUCAAGCUGAUGGUGAAAUCAAGAUUUACAAACGUCUUAUUCCCGCUGAUGUGCUAAGAGAUUUCCCGGGCAUGUGCUUUGCCUCCACUCGUUGCGCCACCGUGGAACCGGGCAAGUCCUGGGAUCUGACGCCUUUCUGCGGUCGCUCCACUUGUGUGCAGAAUGAGGAGAAUCCCGCCAAGCUCCUCGAGCUCGUGGAGGAUUGCGGUCCCCUGCCCUUGGCCAACGAUAAAUGCAAAUUGGACACGGAUAAGACCAACAAGACGGCGCCCUUCCCCUACUGCUGCCCCAAGUUCACCUGCGAGGAUGGCGUGAAAUUGGAGUAUCCUGAAAUUGCAACGGAGGAGCCCAAGAAGGCUGAAUCGUCGUAGAUGAAAGAUGAAAGCGUGAUAUAUUGAAUCUUCUACAUGUUUAUUCACCACCACCGCUAACAGCUUAAAACAUCGUAUCUUUGUAUUUUUUUUCUUUUUUUUUACUUGCUCGUUUGUAUGUUUGCAUGUAUGUAUAUGUACCUCUAAAUGCGCAGGGAGGGCCUGUGUACGGGAUCUUUCGGAUCGCUGAGAGGCCCUCCUUGAGCCGUUUUAGGUGCGACUCAACGAAACAACUACAGUUCGGAGAACAUUUUUUGUAAAAUAAAUCCCAUGUGAUUCAUUUGAA